AAUCGUUGGCGCCAUUUUUGAAGGCUUACGAUUUUUAUUUUGUGAGGGAAAAAGACUAUUCAUGUAAAGUUCAAAUGUGUACUAAACAGGUUGUUUCAUUCAACUUCAGAUAUAUUGGUUAUAAUGUAUCUAAAAAAUGAGAACUUCCUUGAUUUAGGCAGCGUUUAGAGCACUAAUUUAAGUUUAGAGGAUCCAUAGAGCAGAGCCAUGGAAGAGGAGUUGAGGUAUGGGAAGAGGAAAAAGAAGAAGAUCAAGACACCCAACCCAUUGUUUGAGGCGUGGUUAAGAGAAUGGAAAGAAGAGGCUGCAGAAAAAGGGAUCAAAUCACAAUAUGUGUAUGCUAAGGCUUUAAAAUCACUUCAAAGAUACCCUCUUCUUCUAACAUCAGGAAAAGACUGCAAAAUCUUGGAAAACUUUGGUGAUAAGCUGUGCAAAAUGUUGGAAGACAGACUUCAGAAACAUAUACAAGAACAUGGAGCUAUAGUCCCUCCAGACCCAGAGGCCUCCACAUCCAAAGCACCUGCUAGACAGAAACCCAAACCUACAAAAAAUGCAGCCCCCACAGUAAAGAGAGCAGGGACACAGGGAGGGGGCCACCAGCGUGUAACCCAUGCUCUGUCAGAUUCAGACAGUGAGGGGGGCACCGGGGCUCCACCCCCACCCAGGAAAAGACAGAGAUCAGGAAUAUGCAGUGGAGAGAGGGAAUAUAUACCAGCCUACAGAUCAGGGCCGUACGCUCUCCUCAUUGCCCUCUACCGAGACAGACAGUCUGCUGAUGGGAGGGGAUUCAUGUCCAAGACGGAACUGUGCAACAAGGCCCAGGAGCUCGCUGACAAGUCCUUCACAGUGGCUGACCCUGGGUGUCGCUACACGGCCUGGUCUUCUAUGGGGACGCUGAUAAAGAAAGGUCUGGUGACAAAGGAGAGCAGCCCUGCCAAGUACUCGCUCACUGAGGCUGGCUGUGAGCUCACUCAUCGGCUCGAGAUGAGUCAGGCCGACGACUACCCGGUUUGCCUUAUACCAACACCAAGGGCACCUGCUGGAAUCCCUGAAGCCUCAAGUCAAGAUAUUGGGCAACUUCAAUACAAGUAUGUAACCAAUGAAGGAGAAGAAGUGAUAAACAAGGACAAAGCGGCAGUGUUGAUUGAAGAUGACUUUGGGUUGGGCUUUUUGAUCAAGGUCAACUACCAGAAGCUACUGACCAGUGGAAAGCGCUACAGACUGGACACCACCAGACCUUUGGGUGAGGAUGUGUAUGUUUAUUUACAUGGCGAUGAUACUGAUGAGUUGGCCAUCAAUACAAACAUGCCACGACUGCCGUCACUGAACGAAGACGAUCUACAGGAAGCAGUCAAUGUGGAAAAACCUAGAAAGGAGGUAAAGAAGAGAACAAAAACACAAAAGGACGUGAUGUCCUCAGCCUCAGCGGAGCCCCAGCUGCUGUCAUUCCAAAGCUCCUCUCCCCAAACGGCCACUAAAACCCUAGGGCGAGUCCACUCCCAGAGGAGCUCAGCGACCAGCGAGAACUCCCAGGAUUCCAUAGAGUCGGCCGCCAGUACAUGUGUACCCAACUUUGUAUUUCAACCUGGAGAGUUUGAAAUCAUCCUGUGUGUGGACAAUGCUGAAUUCUAUGGCUCCAGGCAAGGAGGUGGGAAAUCCCUGCUGCCCGACCUCAUAAAAAAUGGGGUGUCCUGUGACCUCAGAAAGCUCCAUGUGGGUGAUUUGUUGUGGGUGGCAAGGGAGAAAACUCAGACAGAAGCAGGAGUUGGUCAGCAGCCCAGGAGAAGGGAGCUGGUAUUGGACUACAUCGUGGAGAGGAAGAGGAUGGACGACCUCGUUCACAGCUGUACAGAUGGUCGACUCCCGGAUCAAAAGUUCCGUCUGAAGCACUGCGGACUGAAGAAGCCGAUCUUUAUGAUAGAGGAUUAUGGGUCACUCCAGCAUUUCAGUAUGCCCGAGGAUCGCAUCAGACAGACCAUCACCAAUCUCAAGGUGAUCGACGGUUUUCAAGUGAAGAAAACAAAGAAUGUCAAGGAAUCCGUGGCCUACCUAACGGUGAUGACCCGAUAUCUUCAGAGUUAUUACAAGGACAAGCGGUUGUACGCCUGCAGUAUAGAUGACAUAAAGGAUCAGGUCUGGACCAAUGACAUCACCGACCGGGAGGUCAGGUUGAUGGAGUUCAACGAGUUCAAUCAGGGGUCUGUUAAGUCCAGGAACUUAAGUGUACAGGACAUGUUUUGUAAACACCUCAGUAAAGUGAGUGGGAUGUCUGGAGAGAGGGCAAUGGCUGUGGCACAGGUCUAUCCCACCCUCACUCAUUUAAUGGAUGCUUACAGAUCUUGUCCUAACAAAAGUGUAGCAGAAAGUUUACUGUCAACCAUAAAAGUGAACAAGUCUCUCAGGAAUUUAGGCAUCAAUCCCAGCAGACUAAUCCACCAGCUGUACACAACACCAGGUGCCCUUACCUGAUCCAAGUAUUUAACUGGUUCCCUUUCUUGAUCAAAUGGGAAUCCCCCAAAAACAUGCUGUACAGAGCGACUGGUCCCUUAGCAGGAUCGAUUAGAGUUUCCCUCCACAUACGUAACACGAUGGAUGGCGUUCCGUCUACAGCUCUAUAUACUAAAUUAUAUACAAGUUACAAUACCCAGUAUAGAUCAGGGAUUGAAGUCUGAUAUACCUGUGAAUACUUUUGCUGCAUGGUUCUUUGUGGUUUUUUUACUGUAAUUUACUGACAAUAUGAAAAAAAUUUGUAAAAGAAUUCUUAUAAGAGAGAGAGAGAGAGGAGAGAGAGAGAGAGAGGAGACAGAGAGAAACUGUUGU